UGAAGUUACGAAAGGCAAGACAGUCUGUUACAGAACCAUCCAUGAAAGAGUCUGUGUCUUUCCAGGGGGGAAAAAAAUAAUCCAGCCCCCUUCAGUCCCGUACCCUCCUCCUCCUCCUCCUCGGGUGAGGGCAGCUGCCAAUUUACGGACAACAACGUUUGAAGAAGGUGGACCACUGCCCUACAAAUGAAACCUGUGUCUGAUGGAGGGGGCGAUUUAGCACAAGAACUGGGAUUUUAUGCUUCCUCUGACUUUGGGUUCAGUUAAUAAACUUCAAGACACAUCUCCCUCUCUCCAUUAGACCCGCUGUAACCUUUCCGCCGUGGCAUUAUAAGCUGAAAUAAUGGAUAAAUCAAGAUGCAAGCAGCAGUUAGCGUUCAGCCUCCUGCUUGGGUUGUGGUUGCCUUACUGUUUAACUCAAACUACACCGUCAAACACCGCCACGUCAAAGCCCACAACGACACCGACACCAUCCCCAUCCCCCCGGCCCGAAAGACUAAAGGUCAGACUGUCUGGAUAUCCUCGAAAACACAACGAGGGACGGAUAGAGCUGUUCUACAAGGGAGAGUGGGGAACCAUCUGUGAUGACGACUUCACGAUAGCUAACGCCCACGUACUUUGCCACCAUCUGGGCUUCGUCUCAGCCACAGGAUGGACCCACAGUGCUAAAUAUGGCAAAGGCCAAGGAAAAAUCUGGCUGGACAACGUGCAGUGUCACGGAGGUGAGAAGAGCAUCGAAUUCUGCAAGUCCCGUGGCUGGGGCAACAGCGACUGCACUCACGAUGAAGAUGCCGGAGUUGUCUGCAAAGAUGAGAGGAUACCCGGCUUCGUGGACUCGAAUGUUAUUGAUGCACAAGUUGAUGAGAACAAAGUCGAGGAGGUGCGACUCAGGCCAGUGGUUGGCGUGGCCAAAAAGAAGCUGCCCAUCACGGAAGGUGUGGUAGAGGUGAAAUACAAAGAUGGCUGGGCACAGAUCUGCGAUGUAGGCUGGACAGCCAAAAACACCCGCGUGGUCUGUGGCAUGCUGGGGUUCCCUCAUGAGAGGAAGGUCAACAAAAACUUCUACAGACGUCUGAAAAAGCGAGCAGCUGAGAAGGUCUCCAGGCCAAAGGUUAAUGUUUCAGCCGGUGGAAGGUUGUAUUUGGAACGUCAGAAGAACAACUUCCAUCUUCACUCUGUGGCAUGUACGGGUACAGAGGUCCAUCUGGCCGCCUGUCCGCUGGAAUUCAACAAGCCAAACGCCACAUCCUCCUGCGCAGGGGGCAUGCCGGCUGUCAUUAGCUGCAUGCCGGGGCCGCUGUUCAUGCAAAACAGCGGUUUGAAAAAGAAACUGAAAAUUUCGACCAAUGUGAGGCUGAAGGGAGGUGCCAAGGUAGGCGAGGGUCGGGUCGAGGUGCUGAAAGACAACGUGUGGGGGACUGUGUGCGACGACCGCUGGAAUCUGCUGUCGGCCAGCGUUGUCUGCAGGGAGCUCGGCUUUGGCAGCGCCAAGGAGGCUCUCACCGGUGCCCGCAUGGGUCAAGGAAUGGGUCCGAUCUACAUGAAUGAGGUGAAGUGCCUCGGGCAGGAAAGGUCCAUCUGGGACUGCCCCGUUAAAAACAUCACAUCAGAGAACUGCCAGCACUCAGAGGACGCUGCUGUUCGCUGCAACGUGCCUUACAUGGGCCUCGAGACCUCGAUCCGAAUCACAGGAGGACGAACCCGCUAUGAGGGCCGUGUCGAGGUGCUGACCUCGGACCCUAAUGGGACACAGAGCUGGGGUCUGAUCUGUGGUGAAAACUGGAGCACCAAGGAGGCCAUGGUGGCCUGUAGGCAACUGGGCUUGGGCUACGCUAACCAGGGCCUGCAAGAAACCUGGUAUUGGGACAGCAGUAAUGUGACAGACAUGGUGAUGAGCGGUGUGAAGUGCAUGGGAAAUGAGAUGGCUCUGAGUCAGUGCCAGUACCACAAAACUGUCAGCUGCCAGAGAGCGGCAGCAAAGUUUGCAGCGGGAGUAAUCUGCUCAGAGACGGCCUCUGACCUCGUCCUGAAUGCCUCUCUGGUUGAGCAGACAGUUUAUAUCGAGGAUCGCCCUCUGCACAUGCUCUACUGCGCUGCAGAGGAGGACUGCCUGUCUAAAUCAGCUGCGAAGGCCAACUGGCCAUACGGACACCGCCGCUUGCUCCGCUUCUCCUCUCAGAUCCACAACAUCGGCCGCGCCGACUUCAAGCCAAAAGCUGGACGGCACUCGUGGGUGUGGCACGCCUGUCACGGCCACUACCACAGUAUGGAUAUAUUUACCCACUAUGAUUUGCUGAAUGCCAACGGUACCAAAGUGGCAGAGGGACACAAAGCCAGUUUCUGUCUGGAGGACACAGACUGUCAAGAAGGCAUUUCUAAACGAUACGAGUGCGCCAAUUUUGGCGAUCAGGGCAUCACCGUGGGCUGCUGGGAUUUGUACCGUCAUGACAUUGACUGCCAGUGGAUUGACAUCACAGACAUCAAACCUGGAAAUUACAUUAUGCAGGUUGUAAUCAAUCCAAACUAUGAAGUGGCUGAGAGCGACUUCACCAACAACGCCAUGAAGUGCAACUGCAAGUACGACGGACAUCGGAUCUGGUUCCACAACUGCCACAUUGGGGAUGCAUUGAGCGAGGAGGCAGAGAGGAGAUUUGAGAAAUAUCCCGGACAGCUGAAUAACAAGAUUUCUUAAUCGCCAGUAACUUCCCAGCAACUUAGAAACCAAAGCGGGAAUAAAGAUACACCUCACUAACUCAGAAAGAAAGACACAAACCUUUUGUCUUCAGGUGCUAAAACGGAUCCCCGCCACAUAUCUCUAGAUUUGUAGUCACUGAAGCAGCGAGCGUGUGCUCUACGUGUGAAUUAUUUUACUUGAAUAUUCAAGUGGUAAUUUUUCGUGUAGUCUGAGGUGAGUGCGUGCUAUAUUUUUACUGCAAAUUAAAAUUUUAUAAAGUCAGUGAGACAGUCUCCUGUGUAUGAUCGACCUUUUAUAUUCUGUUCUGUUUAUGAGUUAUGACUGGGUUUUUUACAUUUUUUUAAAUCACCAUAAAGAGAAAAGCUUCAAUGUUUUGCAGAUAUAUAUAUAUACAGAGAUGCUUUUAAACCGCUUGUUUAAGUAAUAACAUCUGCCUUUGUGUUUACAGUAUUUUGUGAAUGUAUUUAUUGCCAACAUGGAGGCACUAAAGAAUCAUUCUGGGUCAACAGCAGUAUUUGGACCAGUUUGAAGCCAUCGUUAGCUUUAGUGCACACACGUACUUUAAUAAUCUUUGAGAGAUUAAUGGGCAAAGGCCAAAGAAAGCUACAGUUACAGUUAGAUUUGUUGUAUUUACUCUGAUGUAAUCACACCUGCUGCACCAAAUAAAACAGAGAAAAACCUCCUGA